AUGAAACAUACGUACAGGGAAAAAGUUUUUAGUGAAGAAGAGGUCAAUAUUUCUUAUCACUUAAAAAUGGCGAACAUCGCAGCUGUUCUACAUGGAGCCAAUGAUUUACGAGUUGAAGCAAUUCCUUUGCCUGAAAUAAAAGAAAACGAAGUCCUCCUAUCCAUGAGGUCGGUGGGUAUCUGCGGAUCAGACCUGAAGUACUGGAUGUAUGGCAAGUGUGGAAAGUUUACCCUGGAGAAACCCAUGAUCAUGGGCCACGAGGGCAGCGGAAUGGUGGUCAAGAUUGGAGCAGGGGUCACACAUCUCAAGAUAGGUGAUCGAGUCGCAAUAGAACCGGGAGUGCCUUGCGGAGUGUGUCGAUUGUGUAAAUCGGGGCGAUACAAUUUAUGUCAGAGUAUUUUCUUCUGUGCAACACCCCCUGACGACGGAAAUCUGUGUCAAUUUUACAAACACCCAGCUGAAUUCUGCUUUCGACUACCAGAUCACGUGACUGAUGACGAAGGCGCUAUGUUAGAGCCCUUAGCAGUUGCUGUGUACAGCUGUCGUAGAGGAAAUGUAGGGCUGGGUACCAGACUUCUCAUUUGCGGUGCCGGUCCAGUUGGAAUUCUUACCAUGCUGGUUGCAAAACAAAAUGGCGCCACAACCAUUGUUAUUACAGAUGUGGACGACACGAGGCUAGCUUUAGCUAAAUCCCUGGGUGCCGAUUACCCUAUUAGAGUGAUGACGAAUGACCCAUCCAAGCUAGCGACAGAAAUUCUAGAUACCAUAGGGGACUUCCCAGACGUCACUAUUGAGUGUUGUGGGACAAAUUUUGGAUUCUCUACAGGAAUUUACGCGAGCAGCCCCGGCGGAUCUCUGGUCAUGGUUGGUCGGGUCCCAGGCGGCCAAGAGUUCCCCCUAAAUUUGGCGUUCACCAGAGAGAUAGACAUCAGAGGAGUAUUUAGAUAUGCUAAUUGUUACCCAACUGCACUAGAUCUUGUAUCAAAAGGCCUUAUAAACGUGAAGACCUUAAUUACUCACCGCUUUUCCAUAGAGGAAACCCUAAAAGCUUUUGAAACUGCAUCAUCACGUGAUUCAAAAGCUGUUAAAGUUAUCAUUCAAUGUGACAAGAAUUAAAGGUAUAGAAAAAGUGUCGGAAAAUUAAAAGCAAAUAAA